GGCGCGAAGCACCCGCUCUUCUUGGUCCUAAAAAGUGCGAAGUCAACCGUCAAAGAAGUUGUGCAAGAGAACCUGAAGAAGCAUCAAGGUUACACUUUGAGUUACGCGUAUCGGGCAACGAAGAAGGUCAUGCUAAUAUUGGACGACUUCAGCGCGCACUUCACCGAGGAGGUCGUGGCCUAUGCGGAGAGUUUGAAUGUCGUGCUCGAGCGUGUGCCCCCGCGAUUUACCUAG